UUAUUUCUUUGGGUGGUUAACAAUGGUUGACAAUUUCGGUCGUUGAAUAUAAUUAGGUGGGCCAAGUCUGGGCUAAGAGACGUUUGGGCCUUAUUAAACGUGUUUCAGUGUUGUCCAUUCAAUUCUCACUCAAAUAAUUAUCUGAGCGACAAAUAGGAAGCGGACAUGUGGGCAGUGGCAAUUUCGUGGAUUCGUGAGUAAAGGAGUGGCAAUCAAUUAAAAAAGAAAGAAAGAAAAGAGAGAGUGUCAGCUGUCCCAUAAACCUCGGCCCUCCGUCUCCGUUCAAACCCCUCUCUUUAAGCUCUCUCUCUUUCUGUGGCUAUUCUCUUUCUCUCUUUCUCUCUGAAUCCGCCGCCACGCCUUCACCAUGGCCUGGCUUAGCCGCGUGAGAGGAGUUUCGCCGGUGACAAGGCUCGCAGCGAUUCGUCGAUCUUUUGGAUCAGCGGCCGCGUUGGAGUUUGACUACGACUCCGAUGACGAGUACUUGUACGGAGAUGAUCGCCGCCUCGCGGAACCGAGGCUUGGGUUGGAUGGAUCGGGGCCGGAUAGAGGAGUGCAGUGGGUGCUUAUGGGAGCCCCUGGAGCAUGGAGGCACGUCUUCGCCGAGAGGCUCUCCAAACUGCUUGAAGUUCCUCACAUUUCCAUGGGGUCCCUUGUCCGUCAAGAACUCAACCCUAGAUCUUCUCUCUACAAGGAGAUUGCAAGUGCUGUAAAUGAACGAAAGCUGGUUCCAAAGAGUGUUGUGUUUGCGUUGCUAUCAAAGAGGCUCGAAGAAGGCUAUGCAAGAGGGGAAACUGGUUUCAUUCUUCAUGGCAUUCCUCGCACUCGUUUUCAAGCCGAAACUCUUGAUCAAAUCGCUCAGAUUGACCUCGUUGUCAAUCUCAAAUGCUCUGAAGACCAUCUGGUAAACCGGAAUGAAACAGCUCUGCCUCAGCAGGAGUUCCUCGGCUCUAUGUUACACUCACCUGUUGCAAUCAAUGCUCGGAGGGAGAGUGUCGGUGUCUACGCACAGGAGGUGGAAGAAUACUAUAGGAAGCAGAGGAAACUGCUAGACUUUCAUGUUGGCGGUGCCACAUCAGCAGACACAUGGCAGGGCUUGUUGGCAGCUUUACAUCUGAAGCAGGUGAAUUUGACGACUUCACAGAAGCUAACUCUGUGAUGAUGAACUACAAAACAGAGCUUUGCUUUAUAAAUUUUGAUCUUUCUCUCUCAUUUUAUGGGUCUUCUUAACCCCUAAUAUGCAACUUUUUUUUUGUUUUCUUUUUCUGUAAUUCAAAGUUUUGCGAGAGAUCAAACGUGAUGAGGAUGAUACCACUAAAGCUUGUAAUGAGUCUAUUAUAUAUACAACAAAGAUUUUCCAUCUAUGAAAAAUAGUUCCUAUAUCAC